GUGCUUCCUGGUUGAUGUUAGGAAAAUAUUUCGUGCAAAUCUGUAAGCAAACGAAGUAUUAAACGUAUCCGAUGCUUUGAAAGAGACCCUGGGCGUCUGGUGCGCAAGUGGACAUAGCACGAAAUGGCUUUCUCCUUGCCACGGGCAACGUGAUUGUGCAGAAUGCAAGCGAACUACGAACCACAAGUUGCACAGCAGCGGACACAGCUUCAAUGAGAGGAACACCAUCCGACAUGGCCUACGUUCGUGUAGUAUAUUUGUUAGGACUGAGGAGUGUUAACUAAACGCUGAACUUCAGGAUGUUACCUCAACAUUUGCUACACCGCAUUUGAGACCUUUGGUCGAGAACCAGCGACGUUUCUCAGCGACAAUACUGCUAAACUCCUGCAUGCAAGAUGCCGCUUGCCCCUUCAAACCAGCCGCAGCUGAUACGCUCCAGUCAGAAAGACGACUACUAUCAGACCUGUCUGAAAAAUAACGCCAACGAGGUCUUCCAGGCGUUCACUGGGUCCAGGCAAUGGCUGAAAUGGAGAAAGGAGGUAGAGUUGUUGUCCGAUCUGGCCUACUACAGUUUGACAACAUUCUCAGGGUACCAAACGCUGGGCGAGGAGUAUGUCAACAUAGUGCAGGUGGACCCCACGAAGCGACGUGUGCCAUCGCUGACCCGCCGCGGUGCCUUCAUCCUCUUCCACACCUUCGCGCCUUACCUGCUGGACAAGCUCUUGGUGUGCGUGGAGAACGAGCUGGAGGCUGAGGACAGACCUGGAGCUCACAGGGACCCCCCGUCGCGCUGGAACCCCAUGUUCUACAUCAAGGCCUGGGUACAGCGGGCGGUGGCGGCCCUGACGGAGACCCAGAGGAAGAACCUGGUGCCGGUCAUCUACGCCGCGCAGCAGGGCAUCGCCAUCGUCCACCGCGUCCACGUGGCUCUAUUCUACAUCUACAGCUCCUACUACCACCUCAGCAAGAGGGCCACAGGCAUCAGCUAUCUCCGUGUCCUGAGCGGCCCCAGGGAUGAGCGUGUGAUCCGCAACAGCUACCGCCUGCUGGGGGCGGUGUCUCUGCUGCAGCUGGCCAUCACCCUGGUGCUGCAGGCCAGGAACCUGCGGCAGAGGCAGAGGGCACGCCAGGAGUGGAGACAGCACCGGAACCUGCCCUCCAGCUCCCAGGCCGUGUCGUCUCCGUCGUCCUCGUCGUUGCGUGCGUCCCGCUGUAUCCUGUGCCUGGAGGAGAGGCGCCAUGCCACGGCCACCCCCUGCGGACACCUCUUCUGCUGGGAGUGCAUCACCGAGUGGUGCAGCAACAAGAGUGAGUGCCCAUUGUGCAGAGAGAAGUUCCAACCCCAUCGCCUGGUUUACCUUCGUGGCUACAAGUAGAUGAAGGCAUCACCGUUUCGCAGUCUUCUGUGCCGCACUGGAUUGCGGUGCUGUGGACCUCGGCAAAUGGGGGUUACUGUGCUCGCAAAUUGACCUUGAAAAAACAGACAUACAUUGAUAGCAUGAACUCGGUGUGCUGAAGAACAAGUAGGCUACAUGAAGUACAGGGACAUGGACUGGAGCAAUGGAGUACAGAUGACUGAAUUGAAGUUUCACUGCUGCAUUGCUGAACCUGCACCCCUUCCUUUUGGAUUGUCUUCUAGAACAUUGAUGGCAGAAUUCCAUAAAUGACUGUUAGGAAUAUUGGACUGCUCUAUUAUCUUUAUCCCUUAUUGUUCUAUUUUAGUCUUAUUUCCUAAUGGAUAUUUAAAUGAAAUGUUGAUCAUUAAUAAUCAACAAUAAUCUGCUUGGUAAUUGCGUAGUUUUUAUUAUAAUAACCAAGAGUAUUGAUAAUAUUAUGGAUUGUAUCAGUCCACUGAUGUAAAAAUAAAUAAAAAUUUGCCUGAUGUUUAUGUCACAUCCUUCUUUUAAUAAGAGUGUUAAUUGUCAAUAUAUUGACAUGCAAU